GAGUGUCUCGGAAAUUUAAUCGACCGCUUUUUGUAUCUGAAUAUACAUUGUAUGUGUAUAUAUAGCUGGUGAAUGAGUAAGGUUUUGGGCACUAUAAGUUAGGAGAGAGCAAACACUCACUUAGGCUUAUAAAUCAUGCAGAUGACAUGACCCAACCAGAUUAAUUUGGAUAACACCAAACUCAACUCGAUUUAACUUUUUAUUGUAGUUUCAUCCUCUUCUUCAAGGUACCACCCUCUGCUGAAUUGCUGAUCGCUUCGAUCUCCGUUCUCAUUAUUUAGCUACCACCAGCCAUGACUGCAGCAGCUUCAGCAGAAAUCGCUCGAACUGUUGUCGGCAUUUUAGGAAACAUAAUUUCUGCCUUCCUGUUCUUGUCCCCAGUGCCAACUUUUGUCGCUAUAUGGAAGAGAGGUUCAGUGGAGCAGUAUUCUCCCGCGCCAUACCUAGCGACGUUAGCGAACUGCAUGGUUUGGACCCUCUACGGGCUACCUAUGGUGCACCCACACAGCCUGCUGGUCGUGACCAUCAACGGCUCAGGUUGCGUGAUCGAGAUCAUCUACGUCACCCUUUUCUUGAUGUACUGCGAGCGCAGCAAGAGGCUCAAGGUUUUCAUGUGGCUCAUGGUGGAACUCAUUUUCAUUACGGUUCUCUCCCUCAUCACGUUAACCCUGCUUCACAACCUCAACAGACGCUCUCAGCUUGUCGGAUCCACAUGCAUUGUCUUCAACAUUUUGAUGUAUGCUUCCCCCUUGGCCGUUAUGAAACUGGUGGUCAAGACCAAAAGCGUUGAAUACAUGCCCCUUUCCAUCUCACUGGCGUCCUUUGGGAACGGUGUGGCUUGGACCACUUAUGCUCUCAUUCGUUUCGAUCCAUUCAUGACUGUACCAAAUGGACUUGGCACAUUGCUAUCGGCGGCGCAGCUUAUUCUCUAUGCCACGUAUUAUAAGUCAACCAAGCAGCAAUUAGCAGCAAGGAAAGCCAACGGGGAGGUGAACCUUUCACAGGUGGAGGUUCGUGAUGGCGGCCAAGAAUCCAAGCCUAAUUAUUCAUCGUGAUCAAUUAUAAAUCAUGCUUAUGCUGAUUAUUAUCGUUAUGUCAUUAUUCCACUUUUU